AUGGUGGCGUUCGCCAAUUCUUACGGAAUGCUGCUCGCAGCUCGAGCGAUUGGUAGCUUGGGUGGCGGCCCCAUCAUCACGGCCUUGCCAGUGUUUCUGUGUGAAAUAGCUGACACCGACGUAAGGGGGACGCUAAUUGUGAUCCACUACUUCCUCAUGCAGUGUGGCUACCUGCUCGUGUACAGCAUUGGGCCGUACCUGUCCGUCACCACUGUUGCUCUCAUCUGCGCCUCAGUUCCGAUCAUUUUCGUCUUGACAUUCAUCUGGAUGCCGGAGUCACCAUACUUCUUUCUCAAGCAACAUAGAGAAGCGGAAGCUUUGAAGUGUCUCGAAAGAUUCAAAGGUCAGCUGACAAGGGACGAACUCAAGUCUGAGCUGGAGUCGAUGUAUCAAGCUAUAAGGGAGAAACAACAAAGUAAAGGAAAGUUGAAAGAUGUCAUCUUGGUGUCUGUGCACCGCAGGACGUUGCUCUUAGCGGUAGGGUUCAUUCUGUUCCAGAUGUCGUCUGGAUCGAUAGCUCUCGCCACGUACACGACGUACAUAUUUGAGAAGAGCGGAAGCGAACUCGACUCGAACAUCUCUUCCAUUAUCCUGACGGCCGUCACGCUUGGGGCAAACGUCAUGUCGUCGCUGGUCGUCGAGAGGUUCGAUCGGCGGCCCUUCUGCAUGGCGUCUUUCUCAGUGUGCGCCAUCUGUCUGGCCGCAGAGGGAGCUUAUUUCUACGUCGACGACAUCUAUGGAGACGUGCCUACUGCAUUCGACUGGGUGCCGCUCGCCGGAAUGAUUGGAUUCAGUGUAAGAAAAUAA